GCAUUUUGUGUGGGAGAUAGUUUGUUAGCUUCUGUUAGCUAGUUCUUCUAGUUUUACUCCCAAACUGAAAACUUUCAUUGUGUUAAAGAGGGAAGUAUUAUAUUUAUUGUUUUUGCUGCCGUAACAGUAAAAUUAUAAAUGUAUCCAACAUUAACAGAGAAUUAAUGUGAACUUUCUUUGCAAACUUUCACUCCUCGUUUUGGUUUAAUGUUUACGUUUUGUUAGCUAACUUACUUUUUUUGAGUUUAGCUAACGUUAGCAGCCCCAUCAGAACGUCAUUUUCUUCAUAUGGGGAGGAAGUUACUGUAAAAAAAUAAAAACAUUUCUAAGGGACUGAAAAGUCACAUUUUGUUAUUACAUUUGUAAUCGUAAAAGUUGAAAAGUCCCACAUGCAUCAUCAGUGACCACCAACGGUGACGUAAACAGUAUCGGUUCUGCCGGGCCACAGACAGACAGAAGCUUACAAAAUGCCGUGAUAGUAGUGCGCUCUGUAUGUGUGGAGGAAAAACAGAGCGACAUUAAAUGAUUGGUUCGUCCAAAAAAUUAAUCAGUCGUCAUUAUGGCCAGCGCGUUAGCGGCGAGAAUGGGACUAAACUCUCUGCUGAGGAAACAAGCCCGGACCUUCAGGGUCAGGAUCUGCACCAUGGAGUCGGACAUGGAGUUCAGCUGCGAGAUUAAAUGGAAGGGGAAAGACCUGUUUGACCUGGUGUGCCGGACCCUCGGCCUGAGGGAGACCUGGUUCUUCGGACUAAGCUACAGCGUAAAGGACACUGUGGCUUGGCUGAAGAUGGAGAAGAAGGUUUUGGAUCAGGAGGUGCCAAAGGAGGAACCCAUCGUCUUUCACUUUUUGGCCAAAUUUUACCCCGAAAACGCAGAAGAGGAGCUGGUGCAGGACAUCACACAGCAUCUCUUCUUUCUACAGGUGAAGAAGAAGAUCCUUGAGGAAGAGAUUCACUGUCCACCCGAAGCGUCUGUGCUUUUAGCCUCUUAUGCUGUCCAUGCAAAGUAUGGAGACUACGACCCUGAAGUUCAUAAACCAGGCUUUUUGGCUGAGGAAGAAUUACUGCCGAAGAGGGUGAUCAACUUGUACCAGAUGACUCCAGAAAUGUGGGAGGAGAGGAUCACCGCAUGUUAUGCAGAGCACAGAGGCAGGACGAGGGACCAAGCUGAGAUGGAGUAUUUAAAAAUAGCUCAGGACCUGGACAUGUAUGGCGUCAAUUAUUUUUUAAUCAAGAACAAAAAGGGAACGGACCUUCUUUUGGGAGUGGACGCCCUCGGCCUGCACAUCUACGACCCCAACAACAAGCUGACGCCCAAGUGCUCCUUCCCCUGGAACGAGAUCCGGAACAUCUCCUACAGUGACAAGGAGUUUACAAUCAAACCUCUGGACAAGAAGACCAAUGUUUUUAAGUUUAACUCUUCCAGGCUAAGAGUCAACAAGCUGAUUCUCCAACUGUGUAUAGGUAACCACGACCUUUUCAUGCGCCGGCGACGGGUAGAUUCCCUGGAGGUCCAGCAGAUGAAGGCUCAGGCCAGAGAGGAGAGGGCCAGGAAACAGGUGGAGAGGCAGCGUCUGCAAAGGGAGAAGCAGCUGCGAGAAGAAGCAGAAAGAGCGAGAGACGAGCUGGAGAGGAGGCUGGUCCAGCUGCAGGAUGAAGCUCACAUGGCCAACGAGGCGCUGUUGCGCUCAGAGCAGACGGCGGACCUGCUGGCGGAAAAGGCUCAGAUUGCAGAAGAGGAGGCGAAGCUGCUGGCCCAGAAAGCCGCUGAGGCUGAGGCAGAGAUGCAGCGCAUCAAGGUGACCGCCAUGCGCGGCCAGGAGGAGCGGCGGCUGAUGGAGCAGAAGAUGCUGGAAGCGGAGAUGCUUGCACUCACAAUGGCGGAGGAGUCAGAAAGAAGGGCUAAAGAGGCCGAGCAGCUGAAGCAGGACCUUCAGGAAGCCAGAGAUUCUGAGCGCAGAGCGAAGAACAAGCUGCUGGAGAUAACCAGCAAGGCCGCAUACGUGCCUCCCAGCCAUCCAGCUGACAACCUGCCGGGAGACCUGAGCUUCAGCAGAGAGAACCUCAGCUUCGACUUUAAAGACACCGACAUGAAGCGCCUCUCCAUGGAGAUUGAGAAGGAGAAGGUGGAGUACAUGGAGAAGAGCAAACAUCUGCAGGAGCAGCUCAACGAACUGAAGACCGAGAUCGAAAGUCUGAAGAUGAAAGAGAGGGAGUCUCCUCUGGACAUCAUUCACAACCAGAACACAGAGCAGGGGACCAGCAAACACAGCAACUUCAAGAAGCUGACACUACAGAGCACCAAGUCCAGGGUGGCCUUCUUUGAGGAACUUUGAACGACACAAAUCCACGCCGUCGCCACGUUCCUUCACUUCACCUUCACCUGACAAACUGACACGGCGGCAGCCGUUUACGCACAACGCAGCGCCUUCCUGCUCCAAAUGUGCCAGAAGCAGAGUGUGUGUUUGCAGCGUGAGAUGACACACACUCCCCAGGAAUAAUUUGAGGUGAUGGGAUUUAUUUAUUAACGUCAAAGAAUAGUUUGACUCUGUGAAGAAAAAGAGGAAUAAAAUGUUUCUGCUUUGCUGUGAGAAUCUUCUGGAACAGUUAGGACCUCCUGUUGGUUUGAGGUGACCUACAUUGUGCGAACUGAAAAGUUGGCGUUCAAUAACACUAAACACACCCCAAAAAUAACCUGCAUUUAGAAAUCGAAAGGUCAGUUUUUAUGAGAUGAUCUGUGAAGGAUGAGGCGGUUUCACUCGCCGUCUGCCUCUUUUUCUGCUGACAUUUUUAGAUCAAAUGUGUUUUUAAGGGGACCUGAAGACUGAUGUUUACUUCAUGUUACAUCUCUAUACCAGUGAAUUCAAGCACUGCACUCCGGACAAAUGAGGAGAAAUCCUUCAUUUCUUUUUGUAAACUUGUUUUUUUUCUUAAACUCGUGAAUAAAUGUGUGUGUUUCCCUUAGAAAGCAAUUUAUUUUAUGGCUUUUAUAAUGUGAAAAGAUGUGUUGUUUUUGUUUGGUUUUUUUCCUCAGCAUUUAACAGGGACGGUCAUCAGUAUUGGAAUGAAACUCUGGCUGUAAAAACAGGAAAUAUUCACUGUUUUUACUCACAAGUGUAACAGAAACUCCUUUUCAGAUGUAAAAUAAAAAAACUCCUAUGUUUGA